AUGAAUAUUCCGGAAUACAAUACGGAAUUAGUCAAUAGUGUUGUUUUAAAUUUUGCCAAUAAAGUACAAAGGAAUAAUGGAAGUUUAUUUUCAACUUACGAUUAUCUUUAUGAUAAUAUGGAAAAUAAUAUGAAUAACAAUAUGAGUUAUUCCGGUGGUUUACAGCAUUUAUCAACUAUGUUUCAACAAUUACUUUCUAAAAUAUCUGAUAAUCAGACAACAUAUAAUAUAUCAAGUUCAAGUUUAUCGUCUUCUUUAUCCGAAAUAUUAUUUCCAUCGUCAUUAUCUAGUGGAUCAUCAUUAUCUUCAUCAUACAAUGACGCAAAUUCUUAUCGUCUUCUUUCAAUAAUAUCUCUUUGGUUUGUUCUCAUUUUAAAUCCAAUUUUGAUUUUAUUUGGUGCCAUUGGUAAUCUUCUUACUAUAUAUAUAUUAAUAAAUUGUAAUAUUGUUAAAUUACCUGUAUCAUUUUACACAGUCAUGCUCAAUAUAUCAGAUACACUUAAUUUAUUAAUACCAGUAUUCAUAUUUUGGCUUGAUAAUUGUUUUAAUCGAACACCUGAACGUGGUUAUUUUCGAGAUAAAUCAAAUUUUUUAUGUAAAGCUUUGAUGUGCCCUGAUCAAUUAUUUGCUGCACUCAGUGCUUGGUAUAUGUGCGCUAUAUCAUUCAAUCGCUGGUAUUCAGUGUGUCGUCCAUUAUCCUAUUUUUUUCAUAUGCCAUCUCAUCUAUCGAAAAUAUCAUCUGGACCUAUGAAAAAUAAUAUUAAUGAAAAUAAUCGUGGACAGAAAAAGUAUCCACCUAAAUCAUCUUUUUCUUCAUUAUCAUCAUCAUCAUCAUCACCACUACGAAGAUCAUCAAUUUGGUCUUCUCUUAAUUGUUGUUAUUGUUUAACACGUCAUAUAAAACAUCGUCAACAUUUACAAGCAUUUCGUAGUAUUGCAAUUAUUACAUUAGUAGGUAUAUUAUGUUGUCUUUAUCCAAUAUUUAUGCAUGAGCUUCGACCAAUUAUAUUAACAAAUCGACAUGAUUUUGAUUUAAAACAAAAGACCAAUCGUAAAUAUGCUGUUAUUUGGAAACGUUGUUAUUAUAAUGAAAAACAUGAAUAUGCUUAUGAUAUUAUUGGAAUAAUAUUAUCUUGUUUUUUACAUGUAUUACCUUUAACAUUUGUUGCUGUAAUGAAUAUAAUGAUUAUAAUAACAUUAAGACAACGACAAAAUCUUAUGAGUAUAUCAACAAAUACAACACAAUCUCCAAUAUCAAUUAAAAAAACACGAAUACCAUUACAUUAUUUACGAAAACGUAUCUUGUAUAGAUAUAGUAGUUCAUCAUAUAAACAAAAUGAACAAACUCAAGAUACACAAGAUGAGAUAACAAAAUCUUCCUCUCAAUCACCAUUAGUAAGAACUUAUAAAGAUCAAGCAACAUUAACUGAUCUACCAAUUCAUACAGUUAAAUUAGAACCUUCACAAAUUAUUACAACAUCUAAAAGUACUGGACAAAGAAGACAUUAUUCACGAGAUCGAACAAUUACAAUUAUGCUUGUUAGUGUUGCAUUAACUUAUUUAAUAUUAACAUUACCUUAUCGAUUAUUUUGGUCUUAUAAUGUUUAUAUAAAACGUAUGCAUCCCGAAAAAUUAAAUUCUUCAAUUUAUUUAUUAAAAAUGCAUUAUAUUGAUCAUGUACUUCGUACAAUACGUAAUAUGCAUUAUGGUACGAAUUUUAUUUUUUUUAUAUUACUUUCAAAAUCAUUUCGUCGAAAAUUUCAACAAUUAAUUAUUGAAAAUUUUUUUCCUAAGUCAAAUAGAUUAUAUAAUAGAAAUAUGGAUACUUAUAGUAAUACUACUUACAAUAAUACUGAAAUGAAUAAUCUACAACGAAAUUUUACAAAAUUAGGAGAAAAAAUUGAAAACAACGAAAAACAAACAAUACUCAAUAAAAAUAAUAUGAUUGGAAUGAAAUAUUCAACAAACCAUAUUCUUCAAGAGUCCCUCGAUUUUAUUGAUAAUCUCUCAAAAGAACAAAACGAAAUACGUUCCAUAGUUAAAUGUGAUCAUGAUGAGAUAUUACAUGAAUUGAAAUAA